UGCUGUGGACCAUCUCUGCUAGGUGUCACUGACAAGGCCGGUGAAGAUCUCCCCAUCCCUGUUACCUGGCUCCCCAGGUUCCCAGGCCUUCCUCUGCUGCCCUCUUCUGACACUGGAAACUGCUUCCAGGGGUGUUCACAAAUGGCAUAAAACAAACGUGGGAGUAGGAACCAGAGAUCAUCAAAUCAGCUUCUGCACCUGGAAAACAGCCUGGAGUUUCCGCCUGACUGCAGGAGAGGAAACGGAACGGAGACCCAGAGAAAGAAAACGCAGCGGCCGUCAGGUAGCGCGAAAUGCAACUCCGAGGCACCGGGAGAAUUCGGAAUCGGAGAGGCACCAGGAGAGUCCGGGGUUGACCGCGGGACGUGCCUCUCUCCAAGAAUAUAUAUUCUUUCUGACAGCCAGUUUCUCGACCUAACUCUUCGGCCGGUGCAAAGAAGCUGUUAGCAGGGAGUAACCGGCGAUGUCUGGUGGUUUGGAGAAGGCCUGUCAUCACUGCAUCUCAAAAAUAGCAAGCAAUGCUUACUUUAUCUCUGCACUCCUGGCUUUCCUUGCCCUGCCACUGUCCAUGACUUUUACAGGAAUUAGGUUUUUGGAGGUCUGUCCCGUUCAGCCUCUCAUCCCCCUCUAUUUGCUGGUGGGGGGCAUCGUUGGCAGCUUAAAGGUCUCCCUGCUGCUGUACGACUCCAACCGGAUGAGGCAGCUGCUUUCCAAGUCCAUCGUGAUCGACGACGAUGACGACGAUGAGUAUCCGUGGCGCCAGAACGCUCACCGCUACUACGUCCACCUCAUCCUCAGCCUCUUCCUCUUUCUGUGGUUCAUAAUGGGCAAUUACUGGGUCUUCUCCGUAUACCCGCCCAACUUCAUCCCCCCUUUCCACCGGCCCCGGGACUACUGCGACAAAACCCUGUACAUCUUUGCCGUCGGGGCCCUCUCCCUCAGUCACACCGGGCUGUGUCUGCUUGUCUGUUGCAGCUGCUGCACCUAUCUCUUUUCAAGGCGGAGCGAGGCCCUCGGCGGGGACUGAGUCACGCCAGCGGUCUGGUGAGGAAAGGGUGGCCGGCACCUGAGCCGUCUCCCCCUUUUUUUAGAGGUCACCCAAUGCGCUGAAGACCCAUAGGGAUCUCUUCUACUAGAAGCACAUUCUGCCCGGUUAACUGUG